AUGUCAACCAUCAACACUGCAAACAUCAACUUCAAGUGGGAUCCAAAGAGCCUGGAAAUCCGCACUCUCGCUGUGGAGAGGCUGCUGGAGCCUUUAGUCACUCAGGUCACCACUUUGGUGAACUCCAGUAACAAAGGCCCAUCCAACAAGAAGAAGGGCCGCUCCAAAAAAGCUCAUGUUUUGGCUGCUUCAGUGGAAAAUGCCACUCAGAACUUUUUGGAAAAAGGAGAAAAGAUUGCGAAAGAGAGCCAGUUUCUCAAAGAUGAGCUCACUGCUGCUGUGGAAGAUGUCCGCAAGCAAGGAGAUUCUAUGAGGGUUGCGUCAGGUGAAUUUGCGGAAGACCCUUGCUCUUCUGUCAAGAGGGGGAACAUGGUUCGAGCUGCAAGAGCUCUUUUGUCUGCUGUCACACACUUGCUGGUGCUGGCUGACAUGGCUGACGUCUACAGGCUUCUUUUACAACUCAAAUUGGUGGAGGAAAGCCUGGUAAAAGUGCGCAAUGCAGGAACUGAGCAGGACCUUGGGAUACAGUAUAAGGCUUUGAAGCCGGAGGUGGACAAGCUGAACGCAAUGGCAGCCAAAAGACAGCAGGAGCUGAAGGACGUGCAGCAUAAAGACCAAAUGGCCGCAGCUCGUGGGGUUCUGCAGAGGAACAUCCCCAUGCUGUACACAGCAUCCCGGGCGUGUCUCCAGCACCCUGAUGUGGCUGCCUAUAAAGCCAAUCGCGACCUCAUCUACAAGCAGCUUCAGCAUGCAGUGUCGGGCAUCUCCAACGCGGCCCAGGCCACCGCCUCUGAAGACUCAGCUCUCAACCAGCCAGCGGUGGGUGGGGAGCUGGCCAUCGCAAUCAACAACUUUGAUAAACAAAUCAUUGUGGACCCCCUGGCAUUCAGUGAGGAGCGCUUCCGUCCCUCUCUAGAAGAGCGACUUGAAAGCAUCAUCAGCGGAGCAGCUCUCAUGGCCGACUCCUCCUGCACUCGGGACGACCGCAGGGAGCGCAUUGUGGCUGAGUGCAAUUCUGUGCGCCAGGCUUUACAGGAUCUGCUCACAGAGUACAUGGGAAAUGCUGGAAGAAAGGACAAAAGUGAUGCUCUGAAUACUGCCAUCGACCGUAUGACCAAGAAGACUAGAGACCUUCGCCGCCAGCUAAGGAAAGCUGUAAUGGACCAUGUUUCGGACUCUUUCCUGGAGACCAAUGUUCCUCUUCUGGUUCUAAUUGAAGCUGCCAAGAAUGGAAAUGAGAAAGAAGUGAAGGAGUAUGCACACGUGUUUCGGGAGCAUGCCAACAAGCUGAUUGAGGUGGCCAACCUGGCAUGUUCCAUUUCUAACAACGAGGAGGGAGUAAAGCUGGUCCGCAUGGCUGCCUCACAGCUAGAGACGCUGUGCCCUCAGGUGAUUAAUGCAGCGUUAGCCCUGGCUGCUAAGCCCAACAGUAAGGUGGCGCAGGACAAUAUGGAUUUGUUCAAGGACCAGUGGGAGAAGCAGGUCCGCGUCCUCACAGACGCUGUUGAUGACAUUACGUCCAUCGAUGACUUCCUUUGCGUGUCAGAAAACCACAUUCUGGAGGAUGUGAACAAAUGUGUGAUCGCUCUACAAGAAAAAGAUGUUGAUGGUCUGGACCGCACCGCUGGGGCCAUCCGAGGUCGUGCCGCCCGGGUUGUUCAUGUGGUCACCUCAGAAAUGGACAAUUAUGAACCAGGAGUAUACACCGAGAAAGUCCUUGAAGCCACUAAACUGCUCACUGACACAGUCAUGCCACGCUUCACAGAACAAGUGGAGUCUGCAGUGGAGGCUUUGAGUGCGAAUCCAACACAACCUGUGGAUGAGAACGAAUUCAUUGAUGCAUCCCGCCUGGUGUAUGAUGGCAUUCGUGACAUUCGCAAGGCUGUGCUCAUGAUCAGAACCCCAGAAGAGCUGGAUGACUCUGACUUUGAGACGGAAGACUUUGAUGUGCGCAGCAGGACCAGUGUGCAGACAGAGGACGACCAGCUCAUCGCAGGCCAGAGUGCACGGGCAAUCAUGGCACAGCUGCCCCAGGAGCAGAAGGCAAAGAUCGCAGAGCAAGUGGCCAGUUUCCAGGAGGAGAAGAGUAAACUGGACGCUGAGGUUUCUAAAUGGGACGACAGCGGCAACGACAUCAUUGUGCUGGCCAAACAGAUGUGCAUGAUCAUGAUGGAGAUGACUGACUUUACCAGGGGUAAAGGCCCGCUGAAGAACACUUCUGAUGUCAUCAGCGCCGCCAAGAAAAUUGCAGAGGCAGGAUCCAGGAUGGACAAGCUCGGCCGCACCAUUGCAGACAAUUGCCCAGACUCUUCUUGUAAACAGGACUUGCACGCAUACCUGCAGCGUAUCGCCUUGUACUGCCACCAGCUCAACAUCUGCAGCAAAGUCAAAGCUGAGGUGCAGAACUUGGGAGGAGAGCUGGUCGUGUCUGGACUGGAUAGUGCCAUGUCCCUGAUCCAAGCCGCCAAGAACUUGAUGAACGCAGUGGUUUCGACCGUGAAGGCCUCCUACGUGGCGUCCACCAAAUACCAGAAGAACCGGGGCAUGGAGGCUCUGAACAUGCCCGCGGUGUCCUGGAGGAUGAAGGCGCCCGAGAAGAAGCCGCUGGUCAAGAGGGAGAAGCAGGACGACGGCCAGACCAACCGAGUCAAGAGAUCCUCCCACAAGAAACACGUCAACCCCGUGCAAGCGCUCAGCGAAUUCAAGGCUAUGGAUAGCAUAUAA